GAGGUUUCUGUCCUGCUCUAACCGUCAGAGCAUAAUGGUGGCUUUUAAAGGGAUCUGGACCAAAAGCUUCUGGAGGGCUGUGUCAGGAGAAUACCUGGCAAGCGUUGUCUUUGUGCUCCUUAGCCUGGGUUCCACUAUCAACUGGCAUGCCGGGGAGGAGAAUCCCCCCCCGAAUGACUUGGUGCUAAUCUCCCUUUGCUUUGGCCUCAGCAUUGCCACCAUGGUUCAAUGUUUUGGCCACAUCAGUGGCGGCCACAUAAACCCAGCCGUCACUGCAGCAAUGGUUGUAUCUAGAAAACUGAGCCUGGCAAAAGGUGUGUUCUAUGUGGUGGCUCAGUGCCUGGGAGCCAUCACCGGAGCUGGGAUUCUCUAUGCAGUCACACCUGCAGAUGUUCGAGGAUAUCUCGGUGUGACAAUGGUGAGCUCCAAGAUCUCAUUAGGACACGCGCUUCUGGUGGAGCUUCUCAUCACAUUUGAGCUGGUCUUCACUAUCUUUGCCACUUGUGAUCCCAAACGCACAGAUCUAAGUGGUUCAGCAAGCCUAGCCAUUGGAUUUGCAGUAGCUAUAGGACACUUAUUUGCAAUUCCUUACACAGGGGCCAGCAUGAAUCCAGCUCGUUCCUUUGGGCCGGCAAUGGUCACACUUAACUUUGAGAACCACUGGGUGUACUGGCUGGGUCCCAUUCUAGGAGGAAUCUUGGCUGCAGCUUUGUAUGAAUACCUUUACUGCCCCGACCCUGAAGUGAAGAAGAGGCUGAAGCAAGUCUUUAAAAAAGAUUCAACCGGGAAGUACAAAGUGGUGGAAAGUGAGGAGACCAUCAUAAAACCAGGCUCCGUCCAUAACAUCGAUCUGACAGAGAAAGUGGAAAAGAAAGAUUCUUUCCAGGAGUCGUCCGGAGAAGUACUGUCUUCUGUAUGACUAUCACGUGCACUAGAAAUGGAGACAAAUUUGUAAAGAAGAAUGGCAAUCAAACUUUGCGGUAUCGAUCUCAAGCAUGUCGCCCUGCAGAAUUUAAUUCUGUCAGACUCACAAGGCUGUAUUACCUUCACUGUCAUAAAGUUAAUGCAUUACAGCUAAAUCCUCCAAAUAUCUGCAGUCGAUUCAAUACUCCUCCCCAGAAACCUUCUGAAUUAUUGUUUCUGCACACAAUGCACCCUGCUAAAAUGACAGCCAGCAAUGCAUUGUGGUAGGAAAAUAUGAGUCCAGGGGGUCAGCCAAUUAUGUGGGGUCGUCCCAUGUAUUGGAGGAGUGAGGAAGAUAAAGCAGCCUUGUUAUUUUUGGAUUAGUGUCACAUUUGUUCUGCCUUCUGAAUGUAUAAUAAAAGGCAGGAUUGUCCUUGUGAUCAUUAAGCACAUUACGGAUGAGAUGCAAUGUAAGACAGCUCUGACAAGCUACAUGGGCAGAGCUGUAUUACAGAGCUCUCCAUUUUCAGUACAUUAGUCAGGGAAACAGCUUGUUAUGCUUUCUGCAAGUUCAUCUCCACUUCACUGUCUGCUACUGUACGACUGUUUUCUGAUUUCUUUUCAUUGCAAUUUUUGUUAUUUUCUUUGUAGAUUGAAUGUAUUUUUUGUAGCAUCUUGUAUGACUUGUCUUGCAGAGGCAAUUCUAGCAUGAAUGGGCAAGUACAUAUAUAUAAAACACCACACUUCAAGAAUAGAAAAAACAGUAACUUCAUCUGUUUGAUGGAUAUUUUGAACUUUAUAAAAAAAAUCGAUUGAUAACAUCAUAAAUUAAAUAGUGUUUUUAAAAAUCUCUGUCAAGUGUCAAACUAUCCAAUUUAGGUCUGCUCAGACCAGUUGUCAGGACGAUGAAAUGCAGCUCAGGCUCAUUCAAAAAGAAAACUGUGAAUAACAGUAAACAACAUUCAACAGAUAGUUUGCAAUAUUUUCUUGCAUGAACUUUUUAAAGAAAAGCAAUGUGUCCACUCCUCUUUUCCUAGACAUGCAAAUAAGAAAUAUAAAUCUUAUAAUGCAAGGAACUUGUAGAUAACUUCUUAUUAUUGUUAUUGCUCGUACUGGCCCAUGAUAAAUUGUUGCUCUUGGUGGUAACUCAUGUCACUAUGAGUUAUCAUUAUGAAAUCUGCCACUGCACACAUAAGCUGUUAUAUCACCUACAUGUUUAAUUUAUAAAGGUGU